AUAUCCAUUUUUGUUGUUUAUUCUUUGGCAAGGUGAAUUGGCAAAAUUUUGAAGAAACAGGCAAAACAGCACACUUCUGGAAAACAAAGCAAGUUGCUAAAACGCAGGGUCUUCAAUGAGAGCGGUUCCCGCAGAUAAUGGACCGUUAACUAAAUUUUUCAUACUUUCAAAAUGUAAAAUAAUUAAUAAUAUAUGCAAAUUUUAAACACGUAUAUUUUUUUAUAAUAAAUCAAUUAAUCAAAUUUAUAAAGAAUAUAUUACGCAUAUUACGUUUAUACGUUGGUUAAUAUCACCUCUGAACAUGUUGAAUUUUCGGAAUUUUCUCUGAAAUGUGAAACGUAGAAAACGUAUCGCAGGCUCGAACCGGACACAGACACCAGGUGACAAGUUAGUUUAUGUCAUCUUUAUUAUCUGUAACUCCGGAUUCGCCUACGCGCGUUUUGUUUUGUGCACAAUACCAGUGUAGUCAAAUACAUUAUAGGUCAUUGCAUUUGCAUCAGCAUCAUCUUUUAAAAAAUCAUCAAGCUACUCAGAAGCUGCGCUGAAAUAUUUUAAUUGAUCGUCAUUUCGUCAUUAUAAAGUUGAAGAAAUUUAUUUAGCUACUUAUUUCUAGGAAUUAUGCCUAAUAAAUUUUUAAAGUGUUGCAGUUGUCUCAAGUAGUAUACCUUGGCGCCGAUCGUAUGUACCAAAAGUUGUGAUAUUUAGCGAAAUAUUUCAGAGUCCCCUCUCCAAACUCUGUUCACACGCUCGUGCACGCGGGAGAAAUCCCCCAAUCAAAUCAAUUCCCUCCUCGACAAAUGGCUCUGAUUGGCUGUUGUCGCCACUUCGGCACUUCCUGUCCUCUUCAUCCUCUGCCCGCUCUGCCGUCAGUGCCGUCUCCAUUUUUCUUCACAUUGCAGACAUACACGCUUGGUAGAGGCGGUUCGCCAUUUUAUCGUUUCUUAUUUCUGCAAAUUCAGCAUAUAAAUUCAGAUUUUGUGCCGCGGUUUUUCUUCACACGAACGCAUUCGACAUCCUACUCUCAGAUUUUCGUCAAUUCGGCGACCUGAGACUUUCGGCUCUGCUAGAUUUUUGCAAAAAUUAGCCAAGCGAAUGCAUCAUGUCGGCAGAACAGAGACUUAAGAACCUGUUCGACCUGUUGGGCAGCAAUACGGAUGCAGAUGCAGACAUCUUUGAAGAGAAGAUGCAAGAGCUGAAUGCUCAAUUGGAUAGAGAGUUAAUACCCCUCAGCCAGAGCUCAAGCACUCCUUCUCAAAAUAUGCAGCCAAAUGAAAGCAAUGCACUUUCCUCUCUACCUAUGAGAAACCAGGAAUUUGUGAUCCUCGAUCAUCCACCAGGCGAAAUCCUGCAGUUGCCUGCAAAUGAUGAAAUAUUUGCUCCGACGGCCAAAGACAAAUCUGUGGCUGAAUUGGUGAAGACAAAUGCUUUGCUGAAAGAGCUCUUGAUCCAGCACACUAAAGAAGUACAGAACUUAUGUGAUGUGCUCAUGGUCAACAAGAAAUUGUCUGCUAGCAAUGAAGCCCUAAUUUCUGCCAAAGAAGAAAAAAUUGUUGGUUUGGUGAAAGAAAUGAGGCAAAGAAAGAGGGGUCAAUCAAAAAAAAUGCUCCUUAAAACUCUUCUGACUUUUGCUGAAAAGUUGAAACAAAAUGGGAUGCUCUCAGGCUACUACACAAACAUGCUUUCAACUUGGAAGAAAGAUCUGGGUGAAAAUGAAGAUGGUAACCAAAACUCAUUUGAUAUUGAAGAGGAAGAGUUGUCCCCUGCUGUUGAAGAUGCCAUCAAUGAACCACCAGAAGACGUAGAGCAGCAUGUUACCUCUGAGGUGCAGAUGAAGGUUAUUAGUUGUGAUGAAAAUCAAGUUGAGAUACCUGAAGCUGCUCCUAUCCUUAUUGUCAAAACCAAAAAGGAUUUCACAAAUCUGUCCGUCUCUGAAAAUGCAGGCGAAGAUAUAAAGGUUCUUCCAAACUUGCAUGAUGGAGCAGUUGCCAUAGAGAAGGAGUCUAAAUCAUUGGACAUAAACAGUGUUCACACUGAAGAGCAGGAAAUUGCUUCUGGUCAUUCUUUAAAGGAUCAGGAUGAGGACUGUGCUGAUCAAGAGGGAGAUAUGCAAAUAGAAAUUGAGGAGGUGGAAUCAGCUGAAAAGGCUGAGGAGGGAGUGAACAAGGAAGUUCUGUUGUUGGAGGGCAGCUCGCUUGGAAAUUCUAGGAAUGAUAGUGAGAUAGUCUAUGCAAGGUCCAAAGAUGACAAUGAUGAUUCCAUUGACAAGUCGGCCACUAAAGAUGAUGAGGUCAAUGAGGGAAAUCUGGCUGAUAUAGGAGAUAAAGUUGAAAACUUUGAGUUGGUAAUGGAUGAGGAGGCCACAGUUGGAGAACUCCAAAGCCAAGCUAUUGCUGAUGAGGAUGUCCUUGUUGAAGGUCACAAAGAGAAUACGCCUUUCAAGGGCUCUAAAGUGGAUAUCCCUCAAGUGGAGGCCCCUGUUGAGAACUUAGUAAAGGAGGCUGCAACCAAAGACCUUAUUUUUAAUGAGGCCCCUGUUAACGACUUUGAGAAGGUACAAGAUCAAGAAAUGGAGACUAAUGCUGAACAGCAGCAAUUGGAAAUGCAGGCUGAUAGUGAUCAAAUGAAUGCUGAUGGAAACUCUGGAAAAUCCUCCGAAGAACCUGAGAAAAUGCAGGUGGACAAAGAAAUUCUGAAGCUAGGAGAGGGAGACAAAACUCAACUUGCUGUUGCUACCGAAGAAGAAAAUAAGAACCUGCAGGGAAAACCUGUUGAUGUGUCAGCUGAGUGGGUCUCUGAAAUAGCUUUAGAGACAACUAUCACUGUUGGCUAUCAGCCGCCUGAGCAAAAUACUGAAGUAGUGACACGAGUGCUGCGAAGUGCCAGUAAAGCCUCCCAGAAGCUGCUUCAAAAAGUCGAUGUGGUGGAGCAGGAUGCCAACAUCAUGGCCAAUGUUGAGAAGCCUCCCACUAAGAAGACAAGGUCAUAUGGACUUAAGAAUGAGAGGGCACCAUCAAGCCGACAAAUGAAGAAGAAAAGUGCUGCUGAGAAAGUGGUAGAUGAGGUACACACUGAAGUGGUUGCUGUACCAAAAUCAAAAGUGCGCAACGUCAAAAAUAUCACUUUGAAGAAGGGAGAACCUGAGAGGCUGGAGGAGAAAAUGUCUGUAGAAGAUCACGCGCCAGAGGAAAAGAAGAGAAAGCACCCUGCUGGCUAUUUUGUGAUGAGCCCCAAGAAGAGGAGGAUUGUUGAUUGCCCAUUAGUGAAGAGACUUAAAAAGAAUCAGAAGAAGCUGCAGUCUGUGCCCUUGGGCAAAGCUUUGUCUCUUGGGAUUUGGACGUUCUCUUCCAAGUCUGUUAUGAGGAGUCGUAAUAAGCCUCAAAAUCAUACUGUGAGGAUCCUUGCUGUGCCAAUUGACCCAGAGACAGACACUUGGAAUGCAAAGCAGGUCUUUCAAUUGGACGAAUUUGUGGAAGUUUGCCAAGAGGACAAGCAGGAAGAAGAUGCUGCUGAUGAUUAUGCCACCAUGCGCAAGGAACUGUUUGGCUCUGACUGCAGUGAUCCUGAAUCUGAGGAAAAUGUUCCGGUUGUUAAGUCUCCAAAGGAGAAGACUCAACGACGCCAAGGAAAGAAAGCCAUCAAAGUUCAGCAGCUGAAUGCUAACAUGUCCAAAGCCAACCCUCUUCUCCAGAAAAAGCGUAACAAGUAGACCAGGUAAUAUGAGAAAUACAAGCCUGAGCAAUGGAUCAUCAUCACUCAAGUACUUCGUGACAAAUACUGCUUUUUUUAUAUUGCUUUACGCAAAAUGAUUCUGCUUAAUUGUUAAAACAAUGGCCAAGUCGAUUAGCUCUGUAACAAGAUUUAGUAUUGGGGUGUUUUUAAGAAAAAAUCCACUCAUAAUGUUUUAUAUAAAAAAUUGCCAGGCUUAAGUUUUUAGUUUUUCACAAAAGCGGUACGUUGCUGUAACGCAUAUUUUGAAUCUCAAAUAAAAUGAUUUUUAGAAAAAA